GUUACGGUUGUUAUGAUCAACUGAAAAUCAUUCCGAUCAGUGCCAGACAGACUAACCCUACAGAACAUUAUUGAUUAAUCAAUUCCUACUUUCCUUCCAUCUAAGACUAACAGACUUUAAGCAUAUCUCUUUGUGAUGAUACUCUAAUCGUCCCAGCGGGGCUGAAGAGAUCUUUCUAGCCCAAUCUAUCAUUGAGCCCACCCCAGCCACCUUCUGGAACAUUAUUGGCUCACUGAUCAAUUAUAUGGGAAACUGACUUCAUAGCUGAACAACACAUCAAUCGACUCUGAUGUCUCUCAGGAUACCUUUCCCUUGAAGACUCUCUUCCAGGCCAACACCACACCAUGUAUAGACCGUAUCUGCACCAUAACAAGACCAAAGAUGGCCAACGGAAGGUCUCCCCUCCCGGGCCAUCAUACAUGUCCGACAAUCAGGUUGCAAAUUAUCUGAAGGACCUCCGCACAAAUAGACCAACCCGCCCAGGUGGAUCGAGGCCACUCCCUACGACGCCAGCUGAGUCGAAUCCUCGAGAGGACCUCCCGCCAAGGGCAGCAUCAGCGAUGUCUUCAUACUCACAUUCGAGGAUGCCGUCAACCACUACAGCGGGCGAUAGGGAGCUGCCCCGCGCUACUAGUUCUUUAUCUAACCAUCGUCCUGUAUCUUCUCGAGGAUCCAUAGGCAGUCCGGCUGGACGACCGCUGGUCCAAGAACCCCGAAUGGUACCCGUUCGGAAGAAUAUCUCGCCAACGAGGGUUUUCUCUCGUCCUAGCCCUCCAUCUCCAAACACAGCAUAUCGCGAGAGUUACCGGCGUCGAUUUGAAAGGGAGGAAGCUCAAUCCCUCCGUAAUGCACUGCAAGAGAUGGAUAUCCAAGAUGACAUUCGCCUCCAUCAAGCUGCCCAAGAUGAGGCUACGGAACUGGUUUGGAUGCAUCAAAACCCUGGAUUGCCCUUCAAGAAUCCAUACGCUCCUUAUCGUAAUCCCGAUAUGGAAAGGUCCAGUCAAGGAUCAGAUAGGAGUAGCGUUUUAAUUGGUCAUACUCCCGCUUCCAGAAGUCCACAGGGGGACAGUUAUCGUCCCAGGUCAGACUACUACACGGACUCACCCAGCAAACGUGCCGAGGAACAGCAACCUGCUUCGGGCGAACCAAAUUCCAGCCCCAGAAAGAAUGGCACACUCCGAAAGAAUCUCAAAGUUGACUUUUCCUUGCCUCAAAACGGGAGUCCGUCAAAACGAACAAGCAGUGGCUACGGACUGGGCCUCGGGAGUAUCAGCAAUGGUCCGUCAAAAGGUGUUUUUCGAAACCCCAACGACCACAUAUAUGAAGAGCCUGCGGAGUCUCAGCAUAUGGACGAUGAACGUCCUGAUUUCUCAAGAUCCGAUUCGUCAGCCUUAAAAGUCAAACCACGUAAUGCCGUGCCUCGAGGCUCGAGACCCCUCUCUGGCCGAUUUGGCAGCCUUUCAUUCGUCGAUAAACUGUCUCGUUUUGAACUACAUAAGCAUCCCCCAACGCAGUCAAGAAAUCCUGAGUAUAAGGCCAACGAUCCCCUUCCCCAGGCAAAUCCGAAUGAUGAACAAGCCAUCCCGAAAAAAGAUGGAAUUGAGAUUCGAAGUGACGAAAUUCGAGCAGCGACAAGUAAGAAGCUCAAAGACCGAAGUACAAGGCUACCCAUGCCAACUGCUGUGAGUGAUCGUGCCGGCCGGCCGAUUGUGAGCUUUGAUCCAACCUGGAAGCCCACCGAAGCCCAGUCCCCAGGCAAAGGUAUCGACGUCGGAACGCGCGAAUCCGCUUCACCAACACCACCCCCUGCACCUGCUGCUCCUACAAUUGAGAUAUCUGAAGCGCCUUCUAUCCCAGUGAUUAACCUACCAGAUGACAAGCCACCUACUCUUUCUGAGAUGGCCGGGUCGUCACAGGAUCGUAAGAAAGAUGAAAGCUCUCUCCCGACCUCACCCAGCAGCAGCAAACGUUCAAAUCCAUUCCAGAGGAAAUCUCCAUCAUCGGCUCUGCAGAACCGUUGGCUAUCAACUUACAGUCGGGCUGGUGUCCCAACGGCGACGUGUGAAUCAUGCGCUCUUCCGAUUUCUGGGAAAAUUGUCACUGCUGCCGGAUCGCGUUUUCAUCCAGAAUGUUUCAUGUGCCAUCAUUGUCAGACACCGCUUGAAUGUGUGGCCUUCUACCAAGAACCCGAUGCAAAACGUCAGGAACGACUGGCAGCCGUUUCGGAAGCCGACGAGGAGGCCCGCUUGCUGAGGUUCUAUUGUCAUCUUGACUUUCAUGAAAUGUUCAGCCCGAGAUGCAAGAGCUGCAAGACCCCUAUUGAAGGAGAAGUGGUUGUAGCAUGUGGUGCUGAAUGGCAUGUCGGCCACUUCUUUUGUGCCGAAUGCGGUGAUGUACGACCAACCUAAGAACCUGAAGUCCAAGUGAUAAUAUGCUAACUAUAUUUUCCCACAGCCUUUUGACCAUGACACCCCGUUUGUAGAAAAGGAUGGUUUUGCAUGGUGUCUUCAAUGCCAUUCCCGGCGCACUUCUCCUCGAUGCUCGGGGUGCAAAAAACCAGUACUUGAUGAUGUUGUCAUCUCAGCUGUCGGAGGUC